GAGUUGGAAAGCUCCAAGGCAUCUCUCUUCCCUCCCUUGUAACGUCUGUAAUCGUCGGUAGAUCGGGCUUCAGACUAGAUUGUCGAAGAUACACGGUUUUGUUAUACACGAUUUGGUUUUAUAUAUGUAGAAUUCUGGAGAUCGUCAUACUUUAUACUGACCAGUAUCUUAGUCACGCACUGGAUAUAAUUGAGCAAAAAAAAAAUAGAUAUUGAUGAGUUUUGAAAACUUUUGUCAGAUAUCUCUGUGAAAACUGUAGCCGCUGGCCUAAAUUUACUUUGCAUAGAGUAUAUUUCUAUGCACGACUACCCGGGAAGGUAUCUAGAACGAAGAACUUUUAAUGACGUAGCAGUCGAGUAAACUAUGGUGAUGAUUACUUUCGCACUUUUCAAACUUUUAGCAGGAUUGUUCCAGUUGUCGUUUGCAAUCAGUCAGCUAACAGUAUACGUGGAAGAUAAAAAGAAUGAAGUGGUAUUUGGCGGAUCAGGGUAUAGUUGUACCAACCUUCAAGAUGGUGCCUAUGUUGAUUACCAAAGAGGCUGCAGAGCUUUCUUUAUUUGUGAAUCAGGGAAGAAGAACGAGUUUUGGUGUGCUAAUGGAACACUAUUUAAUCCUGCAUCUGGAUGUGACUCUUCCAGCUAUGUUCGUUGUGUGGUUCCAAAACAGGACGUUUCACACUUCUUAGUGGAGGAUUGUUCACAACAGGAGGAUGGUGUGUACACCAGCUACAGUGCAGACUGUAGGAGUUUUUAUUUUUGUCGAGAUGGUAGAAAGGUUGAGUUCAACUGUCCACCAGGAAGACGUUUUGAUUGGAAGAAAGGUUCUUGCAGAUUAUCAGAAAAAGUGUCUUGUAAGCGCCUCGACUGCCACGAAAAGAUUGAUGGAGUGUAUGCAGACUUUACAGAGGCUUGCCGAAGGUACUUCCUCUGUGAAAGAGGAGAAAUGAAAGAGUUUUCAUGCCCAGAAGGUAAAGCUUUCAAUGAAAACCUUCAUAUUUGUGUAGACGCUCAGGAGAUGGAAUGUGGUAGGGCUCGGGAGUUAAACUGUCAUGAACUUCCUGAAGGAUAUUAUCCGGUUUAUGAUAAAAACUGUCAGGCGUUUCAAGUGUGUGAGAAUGGGAUUUCCCGGAAAUACUUUUGUCCUUCUCCAAUGGUGUUCAGCCCAGAGACACUGUCUUGUGCUUACCCAGAACAAAGCAUUUGUGAACUUCCCUUUUCAUCAUUAUGCAAACAAAAGGCAAAUGGAAUAUACCCUAGGUUCGACCGUGGCUGCCGUGAAUUUAUGAUAUGUAAGGAUGGAUACCUGAUUCAGUUGGGAUUUUGUACACAUGACAAACUGUUUGACCCUGUUACUGAAAAAUGUCAGCUACCUUCACAGGUGGUUUGUAAUUCCUUCAAAGAUCUGGAGUGUGAUGGUCGCUUAGAUGGUGCAUAUCCUUUAAAAGGUAGUAGGUGUUCUGCAUUCUACGUUUGUAUCAACCAGAAAAAAGUAAUUCAAUCUACCUGUCCAACUUCUACUCUCUUUGAUAGUACAAGUGAGUUGUGUUUGCCAUCCAAAGUUGCAGAGUGUGCAGUUCCUAGCAUUGUACCUGCUACUCCUCGUUUUCAAUGGGAUAUAUCUCAUUAUGGGUGUGAUGGACGGUUAGGUUUAUAUUCAGAUUUUCUUUCAGGAUGUAGAAGGUUUUACAUUUGUGCAUAUGGACAACGUUACAUUUCCAAGUGUCCAGGACAACGAAUAUUUAGUCAGAUCACAGGUCAAUGUGAAGAUGCUGAAGUGGACUGUUAUGCACCUAAGUUACUGGGUACUUUCUUAUGUAACAAUGGUUCUGAUGGAAUUUAUGUGGAUGUAAAGAGUGAUUGUAAAAGGUGGCACGAAUGCUGGGGUGAGAAGGGAGCCACAUACAGUUGCCCUGCUGGUGAAACAUUUAAUUCCAUUUCUCGAGCCUGUGAUUCUUCUGGUAAGGCCACUUGUGGUCAUGCUGUAGCACAAAGUUAUCAAUCACAUGGUAACUUGCAUAGAGUUAUAAAUGCUAUUCCUGUAGCAGAAGCUGGGUUCGACUGUAAUGGCAAACGUAAUGGGAUUUUUGCACUCGGAGAAAGAGAUUGUAAGUUGUUUCAUAUUUGUUCGAAUGAUAGGACAUUUUCGUUCAUAUGCCCUUCUAACAUGGCAUAUAACCCAGUGCUGAAAUCUUGUGAUGACCCUGCAACUUUCAUCUGUAAAAAACCUGCUAACAGAAACAAGCACCAGACUGACUUCUCCUGUAUUUUCAGAGUGGAUGGUUAUUACCCUGACACAGACAUGAACUGCAAACGGUACUUUGUAUGUAAACAUGGAAAAAGAACAACCAUAUACUGCCCUGACGGUUACCUUUUCAACACUUUAACUGCAAACUGUGAGUAUGAUAUUGGCGAAAACAUUCAGUGUAAAUCAACCACAAUUACUGAAAAACUUGAAGAAAACAGUCAGAAUUAUGCCUAUUCACCCCUGGACAUACAAACAGGAGACAUGCCUGCAAAACAUACAUCAAUGUGCAAAGAAUGUUCUUAUGAAAUAACACACAAACCUUUUGAUCAACAUUCACAAAAACACCACAGUGAAACACAUCCACUGAAUGUUGCUGCUAAAUUAACAAAAGAUAAUAGCAGUGAAGGUAUAUUUAACAAGUGGUACCAGUCAUCUGGAGAAAAUAAAGAAAGCACAGUGGUUGUUAACAGCCACAAGUCGAGAGCAAAUGAAGGAGGUCCCAUGAACAUUAAGAAGUGGGAUUUCAGUCAAGGUGAGGAAAAACUAGCCACAACUGAAAGCCUACAGUUAACUAAUAGAAAUCAAGGGCUCCCAAUACCUACUGAAGUACAAAUAUUAAGUCACAGAAAUCAGGAUUUUAUACCAGAUAAAGAAAUAAAGUCAAACACCAGAAGUCAGGAUUCCAUGAGAGAUGCAGAAAUAGAAUUAACCACUAAGAAUCAGGAGGUAAUAUUAAGUAUAGAAAGAAAUUUAAAAGUCAAAAACCAGCAUUUUGCAGAAGAUACAGAUAAAAAGUUAAACACCUGGAUUCAGGGGGCAACAGAAGAUGUAAAGAAAAAUGUAAACAUUAGGAAUCAAAAUAUUAAAAUAACUAUAGAAAGGUAUUUGAACACCAGUAACCAUCAGAUUAUAACAGAUGCAGAAAAAAACUUAAACAAGAACCAGGGGACCACAAAGGGUGGAGAAAUAUAUUUAAACACCACUAAUCAAACAACUAAUGAAAAUGCAGAAAGCAGAUUUAAGAACACCAAUCAAGAGCUUGCAACAGAUACAGAAAAAAGGCAGAUGUUCAUAACAGAUAAAGAAAGAAAUUCAAAUAUUAAGAAUCAAGGACCCAAAGAAGUCUCAGAAAGUAUAUCAUACAAUAGGAACCAAGACUCCACAGCAGAAAGACCUUUGUACUCGAGCAGUAAAAUGUUUCUUGAAGAUGAGGACAGGUCAUUGUAUACUAGAAGCCAAAAGUCUACCACAGCCAGCUCAAAUGAAGAUAGACUAUCUUAUAAUGAGGAACCAGGUGAAAAUAGACCUUUAAACAAAGGAAAUCAAACAUACAGCAGAGAAAAUCUAGAUGAGGAAAAAGCUUUGUACAUUAGAGAUGAAAGAUUCAGCACAAAUAAAGAAUAUCCUUUGCAUACUAGAACUCAAAGGUUCAGAGAACCAAAGGAAAAAAUUUCACUUGAACAAAUGUCCACAUUAAACAAUGAUAACAGAGCCAAAAUACGGGGAUCAAGAUUGCCCAAACAUUUUCACAGUACAGAAGAUAUCAACAGAGGAAAUAACUUCAAUCAAGAUAGCCUUACAAAGACACCUUUAAUUCAUUUUAAAAAUAAUGUAGCACGAAUGACUAGAAAUAACCGCUUGAUGCUUAGACGUCGUAACCAGGAAAGUGGUAAUACUAGACGUCAAGUGGCAAGAAAGAGAAAGUUAAAUCAAGAAAUAAGAAGCUCAUUUACAAAUGAAGACAAAAGAACAAGAAGUAGGGAUAAAAAAAACUAUGGCAUUAGUGGAGUGGUUUCAGACAAUCAAGAUUAUUCUGAACCAACGCUAUCUUUUGGGGAUAGAAUCCCAGAUAACUUCAGAAAUUAUAAUGUUCAAGUUCACAAAGAACAACAACUCUUACCUAAGGUUUUAAAUGAAACUCAUUUUGACACCACUGAAGAAAUCCAUCUUUCUGGCAUUUCUGCUACGAGGCACUACCAGACUUUAGAACAGAAUAAUCGGAAAAUAUUUAUACCUGAAGUUACAAAAAGAAGAGAGUAUUUACAUUCUACAAUCCAGAGGAAAUUUCCAACUGAGGUUUCCAGGUUGGAUCAUCCAUAUAACUUGGAUGAGAAAGAACAGGAAAGCUUAUCACCCACAAUCUCCAGACCACAUCAUUCAGAUAUUUUACUUGAGCAAAGGCAAAGUUAUUUUUCUGAACUUCCAAGCAAUGAACAAACAAAAACCCAUAAUCAAAGAAAUUCAGAUGGCAUUUCGCAAGGUGUUUCAAGAAUGGAUAAUUUAGAUAUUAUAGAACAAAACAAGCAGAAAGAUUCUCUAAGUGACUCUUUCAAAAUGAUGGAUCACAUCAGUAUACAUAAUACUCAUUCACAUAAUCAGGAUAAUAACAGUAAUGGAUACUUUCUAGGUAAAAUCCAAGGCCGUGAGCAUUUAUAUAUAAAUAUACAUAAUAAUGAAAGUACUCCACCUACAAUCCCAGAGGGGCAUAGUGUUUCAACUAAAAUACCAAGCAGCAGCUAUCAACAAACUAUGGCAGACAGCAGUCUAGAAAGUUCUGGGUCUAAACCCUUGAGAACAGAGGAUCCAAUAUCUCAAGAUCAAGAGAGUCCAACACAAUUUAUUUCCAAAGUCCUAAAUAGGAAGCACUUCAAUGAGAAUAGUGAAGUAGAUAAAGCAGUUCAAAGCAGUCAACAAGGUUCACCACUCAAUACUCCUGGCAGCAUAGAUAUUCAAGAUAAGAUUGAUGUGGAUUAUUUACUAUCUGAUUUGUCCAAUAGGAAACAGAAAGAAACAAUAGAUCAGGGAACUUGGAAUAAGUUCCAAACAAGUGUUCCAGGUGGGUAUCAGACAGAAAUCCAGGAGCAGCGUGAACAAGCAGGCUUUUCACAGAAGUUCCUUAGUAUAGAACAUCAAGAAAUCAUUAACCAAAAUAAUGAAACAAGUCUUUUACCUGGUUUUCAAAAUAGAACACAGCCUGAUAUUCCAGCCAACAUUAGUGAGAAAAACCUUGUAAUUGAAGUCCCAGAAGUGGAUAAUAAAGCUGUGCAUAUCUUGGAUAAUCAAGAAAUUAUCCUGUCUGAUGUAAUAGGCAGACAGCAUCAACCAUAUGCUAUUCAGGAUGAUAAGAAACACUUUCAAUAUGAUGUUUCUAGAAAACAAUGUCCAAUUCACAGUAGUCAUGGAGAACUUUCUUUAAAUGGUUCUAGCAGAAAACAGCAGGAAUCCAGGUCAUGGGACAGUAAACAAAUUUUUCUUUCAGAAAUUCCUCACACAGGUCAACUAGACAUUAUCUAUCAAGAUGACUUGAAAGGUGUUUUAUCAGAAGAUUCACAAAGCAAGUACAGUGAUCAUAUUGAUGGAGAAAAUCAGAAUGGUUUCCACCAUGACUUUCUCAAAACCUCUGAGAGCAUUUCAUCAGAAAGCCCAAUCAACAAGCAUGCAAAUAAAUUUCACCAAAGUCACGAAAGUUCAGAACAAUCAGACCUUAAGCUGAAUAAAGAGAAUUUUAAGUUAUUUGAUAAAGAAGAGUUAAGUGAAAAAAAUAAUUAUUCACAUGAAAAUAUAAAGCACACUCAAAGUUAUGAUACUGAAACAGAAAACAUCAGGAAUGAUGAAAUGAUGUUCAUCAAUCCCUCUGAUUCUUAUAGUAGCAUUUCAGUUCAUUCAGAUGAUGAUGACAGUUACAGAAAUACCAGUGAAAACUUGCAAAGGCAGUAUGAGUCAUAUAUAAAUACCAGAGUAGUAAAUAAAAGUACAGAAAAAGAUAAAAGUUCAAUUUCUGCAGCAACAAUAGAUGACUUAACUGACAAGCAUAGAAUCAUACUACUGAUUAUUGAAGUAUCAAAAAUGCUAGACAGAGUACCAAUUAGCCAUCAAAAAAAGCUAAAGGAUCAAUAUAAUGCACUGUUAGAAAUGGUCAGAAGAGCAAGUCAUAUAAAAACAUCUCAUCAAGACAAACAAGUUGAGGAAUACUCCAAAAAUAAUUAUAUAACCCAAACAAAUAUUACCUCCAACAUAACCCAUGGCUUUGGUGAUACUCAGAUGUCACUUCAAGAUACUUUUAAAGAUAAAUCAAAGCUUGUUGCUGAUAUAAAUUCUAAUAGACAACACACAUUAAAUGUGUACAACACUACUUCUAACCCUAUACUUCAAACAAAAAUAUCUGGUAUCACUUCUGUUAGUCAUUUAUAUCGAAAAACAUUUGAUGAAUCAUCUCCAGUAUCAAUUUUUAAUACCAGUGUGUUUCAUACUAUAGAUCAAUCAACACCACCUAGUAUUACUGAGUCUAUUCUAGUGGAUCAAUUGACAACAUUUAACAGCUCUCUACAUAACCUCCUCAAUAAGCCUAAAAACGUUACCAAAAGUACUUCUUUUGUGCUAGAUGAAACAACACUUGGCACAGUUGCAACAAACCAACUAGAUCAUAAGACUUCUAGCUCCUUUGCCUCUGAACUAGAGAAUCAAAGAAUGCCUCAUACUACUGCCUUCUAUAAUAUCUUAGAUCACACACUAACAAACACCCUUGUCCCUAAUCUGCUGGAUGAAACAACAGAUAAUAUUAUUAGUUUAAAUCCCAUUUCUCAAGCAGAAACAAUAACCAUUGGUUCCAAAAUAGGAGAUAAACAGACUACUACUCAAGAUAAAAGUGAGUUGAAUAUUUUUGAUCCAAGCAAAACACCAAUGAACUUAACUAAAGCAUUUGGUGAACGUAAGAAUGCCAACAUGACAGAUGGAUUCCAGGCGUACAGAAUAUCUACUGAACCUCAAACAUUCAAUGAACCAAAUGAGACCCCUUUACUUCCUAGGAAACAAAGUAACAAUAAGAUUUUAACAACAAACAACAAUGUAGCUCAACCACAAAUUACAGAUUCAUGGAUGCCUCCAAGUUUCCAGUGUCCAUCCAAUCAAGUUGGAAUCUUCCCAGAUAUAACAACUGGGUGUAAACAGUUUCAUAUCUGUGCACAAGAUACUCAACAGACUUUUACUUGUCCUACUACCAUGUUGUUCAAUAUGGACACAGGGCAGUGCGACAUGUCAGAAAAUGUAAUAUGUCAGGAUCCUAAGAUGACUAAUCACAAAACUCAAUGUACAGGAAGACAAAAUGGAUAUUAUCCAGAUGUAUCAAAAGACUGUAAACAAUAUUUUUACUGUCAGAAUGGACAAAUACAUACAUUUAAUUGUCCUCAAGAUCAGUUGUUUGAUUACCAUAACAAAGCUUGUGUAACUACUACUAAUAUUAUUUGUACUGAAGACCCAGUAGAGCAUCAUGUGCAUGGAGUUCCUUCUCAGUUCUUGUUUGACUGUCAUGAUAAGCCUGAUGGUGUUUAUCCAGAUUAUGCUCGAUCAUGUCAUGUCUUUUACUACUGUGUGGAUGGACAUAAGUAUUCAGAUUAUUGUCGUACUGGACUAUUAUUCAAUCCAGAGACAGAAGCUUGUGAUAUAGCGGAGAAAGUUAUUUGUAAUCCUCCAAUAAACCAUUGAGGGUACAUUAGAUAGUUUGCUGUCACAAUCUUACAUUGUGUUGAGAAUAUAAAAACUUUAAAAAAUUCAUUAAGAUUUUAAAGCAGAAGAGUGAAAAUCCACUAGAAGGAUAGGUUCAGUAAAACCUAAUGACAAAAAGAAAUAGGCUUGGGUGAGUCAGAAGAGAAUAUAUAUACAUACACACCAAUUGGAAUAAUUAUGGAAAUACACCACAAGCACUAAACAUACAGGAGUAACAAUGAGUAAUGACAACUAAUGUUGAAUUUAUUAAUAUUACAAAACAUAUUACAUAAAAUAGAAAAGAAACAUGAAUGAAUUGUACAAUGUACUAGGGUUCUGUAUGUGAAACAUUUCCUUCACACAGAGCAUUGCACCUUGUUUUUAUGCUGCCAUACAGUUUAUCAAUAUCGUUCCAAAUGUCUUAUAAUUCUCCCCAUAAUUCAGCCAUGUUGUUUAACCCCCUUUUGAUCUUUUCAGUUUUUACAUAAACCCAUACAACCUCAAGAAUAUUCAUAUUGGAACUCUGUGCAGACAAAGCCAUGAUAUUCCAUCAGCUUCUUUACUGUGAUGGUAUCAUUUCACCAACAUUUCCUGUAUGCUUGAGAUCACUGUCUUACUGGAAGAUAAAUUCUGCCCAGGGAGUUGAGUUUCCUGAUGGAAUGGCAUGAUGGAUCAAAAUCUGCUUGUAUUCGUCAGCAGUCAGGGUGCCAUCUAUCUUACGUCAAUCAUUGACACCAGUGCCAGAAAUGCAAUCUCAAAUUUGUCUGAUUCCACCCCCAUGCUUCAAUGUAGAUGUUGUACACUAAUAUGGUACCACUCUCUUUUCUACCAUUGAAUAAAGUAUCAUUGAUUGUUGCCAGACAAUUUGAACUGGAUUUACCUGAAAAGAGCAGAUGUAUCCAGCUUUUCUCAUUCCAUUCUUUGGUUACCCCUUCUCAGCAGCAGUUUUCAAGGUCUACUGAAACGACUUUAAGAUAAUAUGUAUCUUAUGGUUCUUGAAGUAACAUUCACACCCAUAUUUACAGCAAGAUCUUGAGAAGAUCUGUAAUCAACUGUUGUCUAUCUCAUAAGGAAUGUAUUCUGAGGAACUUAACAUCACUUUUGGUGGAUUUCAGCUUCAUACCUCGAUCACUUCUAUAAUUAACAGUGACCAAUCUUACAUAUCCUCUUCACAGUCAUACAUACAGCUCCUACUGAAAAAUGGAGUCUUGCCACAAUUUGUUGCAUGAGGUACUUCUGACCAGCCAAACUCUUGAUUUCUAUAUGGAUAUCAUGUGGUAUUUCAGUCUUAGCAGCAUGAAUGAAAAUACAUUACUGCUUAUGGACAUAGUAUGACUACAGAGGCUUUUAUGGUGUGGCAUUUUCAUAUUGGUUGGAUGACUUCAAAUCACAAUGUAAACUAUCAACAUGUACUGUACUCUGGUGCAGUUCAUUUUCACACGAUAAAGAGGAGUCCUUCCUGUAGUAUUUUAUACACAUUUCUUCACUAUUUCCAUAAUUAUUUCCAAUACUGUAUUUUUUAGGCUAGAAUGUUUAACCAAUAUGGGUGGACAAGUGCUGAAGAAUAGGAAACAACUAACCUGAUACAACAAGAUACUUUUUAGAGUGUGAGCAUUAUGUAAAACAGUUAAAAAAACAAUAAAUGUUAAAAGAAAUGGAAUCUACUGAAACAUUAAGAGUGUAUCCUGAAAUCUUUUUUUGUGAAAAUACAUUAAAUUUACACUAACAUACCAUGGAGCAGUUGAAUUUAAGUUGAUAACAACUAUAAAUUUGGCAGUAAAGCAAAUGUUUAUAAAGUAAUGGGUAAAUAGACAUAGUGGAUUCUCUUAUUGUUGUUUUAAAGCUUUUCCUACUCUAGUAAAGCAUUUUUAUCACACUAAAAAAAAAAAAAGAGCUGUUUAUGUACAAUAAUAAAUCUAUCCUCUUAUGUGCCAUUGUAUUGUGAUAACUUCUCGUGCUUGUGAUAGAGUAAUUGGUAUUUGACGGGGACUGUAACCAUACUCGCAUUUGAUGCUGAGUAAUAAGGUAUACUUUUAUCUUAAAACUAAUAAUGUAUUACAAUAUUUAAAUUUCUUUAAUUUAAUCAUUAAAAUGUAUGAUGAUACAGCAAAUACAUAUAGAACCCCUGUAUAAACAAGAUAAUUUUUUGUUAUUCAAUGUUUUGCUUUACUUUAGUUUUAUGUCAUACAAAAAAAAACUCUAAAAAUCUAAUACAAAAAAGACUGAAGAGAAGAGGUCAUAUAUACACAUGUAUUUACUGUAGAAGUUAUAUUUAGAAAAAAAUUCAGUUAGCAUUAGAAAAGACUAAGAAUGCAUAUACACAUUUACAUUAACAAACUCGUACAGUGACAUACAUAUACUUAAAAAAUGUUGCUACUACCUUGUUCCCCAGCUAAUGUAAAACUGGUUUGCUACCUCUGUUGUAAGUUUUGUUAAGUCAUAUGUCUUAUCAGGUUUUGACAAUUUCUUCCUUGCAUUUCAGGGCCAAAGUAAAAAUUAUUGAAAUGUGUGUGCAAUGACUGAGAAUGAAGUUAAAUGCUUGCAGUGUGAAUAAAUCAAUGUUUGUAACAA